AUGCAAAAUAAUUCGUCUGCGCCGAAAAACCAGAGCAGCGUCUGCGUGCUAUGGCUGGUCAUUUGCAAGACAGUCCGUUUCCAGGUGGGCAACCUGCUAACCACUCUGAUCAUCAUCUUGGGUCCGAUGCUAGUGUUUGUGUGUUACUCGACAACGAUUUUCCUGUACCGAGACCCAGCGGAGGAGCUACACCAAUGGUCCCCGCCCAUUAAUAUAAGAACCGAUGUGCCGUCCAUUUAUUAUUCGCCAAAUAACGCUGUCGUCGCCCGCGUCAUUCAGGAUAUGGGAGCGGAUUUGGACCCCAAAGUAACCAAGGGAUUCGAUAAUGGUGCCACCAUGAUCAAGGCGCUCCAGAAUGAAGAAGGUUUUGUGGGCAUAGAGUUCGAAGAUCAGUUUAGAGACAUUACCGAAUUGCCGAACAAGGUAAUUGUGUCGAUAGUGUUUCCGGAACACCUGCGUAAUAAGCCCAAGAUGAUAUGGGAGACCGGGGCGUUGUACAGGCAUUUGCAUCUGACUGGCGACUGUUACCGCGUUGAGGGUUUCCUCAUCGUCCAGUCCAAGCUGAGCGAGGCUUUGAUUCGGGCGAAGAACGAUACCGCUAAGCUGCCAAUGGUGGUCAUGGAACACCUUCCUUUACCCUGGAUUUCGGAGGUCGAGCUGAACGAACGUCGUCUCUCUUUAGCCGGCUUUCUGGUCCUGCCCUUUACCAUAUCCGCUGCUUUUCUUACUCAGAUGAUUGUGCGCGACAAGGAGGAGCAUGCGACGGCUAUGUUGCAGCUGUUGAACGUGAAUUCCCGGAUUCACUGGGCUUCCUGGUUCAUCGUCGGCUUCGUGGUGCUGUCCAUACCCACCGUGCUGCUGGUGUUGCUGCAGAAGGGGCGCUUCUACCCGAAGAGCGAUACGAGCCUGGUACUGAUAUUCCUUCUGGUUUACAUAGUGGAGCUUCUGUGCUCCGCCUUUAUGAUCUCGGUUUUCGUAAAUGACAGCAUUAUGGUGCAGAUAGCCAUCCUAAUACUGCACCUGAUCAGCUGGCUGCCCUGGCGGCUGCUCCUGAAGGGAUACCAGGAGACCUUCCUUCGGAACUUUGUGUCCUGCUUCUUCCUCUAUAGCGCCAUAACCAUCGGGGUGCACGAGCUGAUCGAGCAUGAGACCCUCUACCGGGGCAUGCAGUGGAAGCACAUCUUCUACCGCACUGACCAGGACAAGCAUUUCACCCUUGGCAUGGUCAUCGCCCUCAUGCUGCUGGGCAGCGUUUUCCGCAUUCUUGUCCUCUUUUAUGUGGAGGCGCUGACCGGUGUUCGGCCCCGAAAGUGGUAUUUUCCGAUCCAGCGCUCCUUCUGGUGCCUGCCAAAGCGUCCUCCAACCGACGUUGAAGGCGAAGGCUCUGGUCGAGAACAGACCGCCAGGAUGCGACCCAUCAUCAUUCAGGCCCGGAACUUGCAAAAGUUUUACAACAACCACAAAGUGGUCGACAAUUUCACGUUGAAUUUCUGUCAGGAUGAAAUAACGGUGAUUAUGGGUCACAACGAUUCGGGGAAGACGACGAUCCUUAUGAUGCUGUCCGGGAUUGUGCAGGCAACUUCCGGCGAGGUCAUCAUCAACGGCUUCGAUAUGGACACAGAGACGCGCAAGGCACGUCGUUCGAUGAUGAUCUGUCCCCAGCACAACAUUCUCUUCGAGAAGAACAAGGUGGGGUGGCACAUCAACUUCUAUUGCCGGCUGAAGGGCAUGAGCGGAUCGGAGGCUGCUGCCGAAACACAGAGAUACCUGGAAGUUAGCCACCUCCAGGAGUAUGCCGAUGACGCGGUGGCUGAACUGCCCACUGGCAUGAAGCGGAUGCUCUCCGUGUGCUGUGCUCUGUGCGGACGUUCCAAGAUUGUUAUUCUGGAUGAGCCCUGCACCAGCAUGGAUCCGUUGGUGCGCCGCGGCAUGUGGGAUCUGCUGCGGAGGGAACGGAUGGGUCGCUGCAUCAUCAUAGCCACCCACAAUAUGUACGAGUCCGAAGUCCUGGCAGACCGCAUAGUGUUUCUUUGCAACGGUCGCGUGCUGGGCUAUGGUACUCCCGGGUUUCUCACACAGGUCCCCGAAUUGGGAGCUGUUUUCAAGCUGACCUGCGCGAUGGAGGAGUCCUGUUUAGUGUCAGAGGUUACCCACUUCCUGCAGAGGCGCAUUCCGGGCAUCAUAUUGGACAACGAGCAUAGUAUAUUCGUAUCGUACAAGCUGCCCACAAAAAACAUCCGCGAAUUCUCCAACUUAUUCGGAGACCUGGAGGACUCGUUGGGCUAUCUUAGGAUCACGGGGUUCACUGUGGAGGCCCCAACCCUCAGCAAUAUGUUCCUGCGGAUCGGAGAGGAAAUGAAUUCGGCCCAUGACCGUAGCAUCUCUGUUUUGCGUCAGUCCCAUGCAUCGCCCCUCGGAUCCCUGAUUAGUUUGCUGCCUUCGUUCGAGGUCCGCGAACAUAAUCCUAUCCAGAUAGUCCAAAAUCAGUGGCGAGCCAUCAUGAUCAAGAAGUGGAUUUUUACAAAACGCCACAAAAGUCUCUACAUCACGAUGAUUCUCUUCCCGAUCCUCACCUUCAUCCUAGUCUUCCUUUCGGAACUCUUCAUCUUUUUCCUCCAUACCUCAGAUGACCCCUUGUUUGUCACCGAUUUGAGCAGAUACUCAGACCCGGUUCUGGUGACCGAGUCGGCUGACAAUGCAGACUUCAUCAAAGCUUACCGAGAAAUGGCGGAGGAUCGUGGGGCCACUGUGGUUGGCACCAAGCAGGAUUCCAUCCACGACUACGUGCUGGGCCACUUGAUAAAGAAUGAGGUGGAGGUGCAGAAAUCAUUCCUUGCCGGUGUCACAGUAGUCCAAUCCAACAAAACUAUCAUCGCCUGGCAGAACACGAUGCUGGAGCACGGGUCUGCCCUGGCUCUGGGCCUGGUCUACAAGGCCCUGGGCCAGCACUUGGCCAACUUAGAAAUGGAGAUUGUGAACAAGCCCAGGCCCGACAACUUCGCUGACGUGGUGAUUGGCCUCAAUGAGUUCAACUCCGUGGAGUUCUCGGGCUUGGUGUGCUUCUACCUGGUCCUGGCCACCGCCACCUUUGCCGUAAUGCCGGUGCUGGAGCGCGAGACGGAUAUGCGGCACCUCCAGCUGAGCAACGGCAUGAGCCGGGCCACCUACUGGAUGGCCCACAUGGCCUGGGACCUAGUCAUCUACAUGGUGAUGGUGGUAUCCCUGAUCUUUGUCGUGGGACUCACCUCGGGAACUGCCCUGCCCAUGCUGUUACUGCUUUUCGCCUUUGGAUUCGCCGCAAUAUCGUUCACCUACAUGUUGUGCCUGAUAUCGGGCAAAAUGGGAUCGAUGUUUAGCCUCAUCAUGUACAUCAAUAUGCUGGGCGUGGUGGCAAUAUUUGUCCACCCCAACAAGGAGAAGAAGCGUUUCCUGGUUUUCGAGUGCAUUCUCCUGGUAAUACCCCACUACGCCCUAUUUUGUGGCGAACAGAAUAUCCUGACAGAGGACGAGCGGUUCCAUAGCUACCAAAUGCGAAUGGCUGAUUCCAUUUAUGACACUGGAAAGUCUGAAACCUCCAACACGUCCACCAAUCCGGUAAUCUACAACAAUCUGGAGCUUCUCUAUCUGCUCAUCAGCGGCGUUAUAUACUUUCUCCUGGUGAUUUACUCGUGGAUUCCCCGGCGCAUCGUCUACUGUUUAAAAUCCAUAAGGAACGAGAAUGUCCAGCCAAACACCCAAGACGAGGACUUCGAGGUGGAGCGACUGCGCCAAAGGAUGGAGGACAUAACCAAGCACAAGUUUGUCAACUACCCCCUAAUCUUGAGGAGGGCCACCAAGCGCUAUGAUGAUGUAGUGGCAGUAAGGUGUCUAACACUGGACCUGAAUCCCUUUGAGUGCCUCUGCCUGCUGGGAAGGAACGGAGCGGGAAAGUCGAGCACCUUCUACAUGAUCGUGGGAAAGAUUCCCAUUACAGCCGGCGACAUCUACAUCAAGGGGAUGAACGUGAAAAAGGACAAGAAGUGUCUGCGCCAUUUGGGGUUCUGUCCGCGGGAGCCAAUACUUGCCACCUACAUGACAGGCCGGCAGAUGUUACACUUCUCGUGCCUCAACAACGGCGUGCGUCGGGAUCUGGUCAAGGAAGUGGUAGAGCAUAUGGAGCAGUCCUUCGUCCUGGACAGGCAGCUGGAUAAACUAAUCCGCAACUGCAGCAACGGGACGAGACGGAAGCUGAUGCUGGCCAUUGCCUCGCUGGCACCGACCCUCAUUUGCCUGGACGAACCCACCGCCGGGGUGGACAUGAACGCCAAGUAUAACAUUUGGCACGUGCUGGACAGCUUGCGUCUCAGCGGGCUGGCCAUACUGGUCACCACCAACAGCAUGGAAGAGUGCGAGGUGCUGGCCACCAACUUGGGCAUCCUGGAGCGCGGCUCCCUGCUCUGUUAUGGUACCCUGACCCGACUCAAGAACCGCUUCGACAAGAACAUUUUCGUCAAGGUGAAAGUGGGGAGUCCCCAAGAGCUCGCCGAGGCCAAAGAAGAAUCGGAGCGAUAUGCCAAUAUGAUGCAAAGAAGGAGAAGUAACAGGGGAAGUGAUACCAUCCUCGAUGUUGAAUUACCUCCAAGGAUCGGAUCUUCCACCAUCUUGGGCUGGAGAUCUCAAUCCGCAGAGAGAAUAACCGAUGCAGAAUCUCAACCGAUUUCCGAAUCCGACAUCCGGAGUAUGUACGAAAAGCUCCUGCGGAAGGUGGAGGUUCAGUUUGUGGAUGAUCACCCGUACAGUAAGGUCAGCGAAAGGUUUACUUACCGCGGAAUAAUCAUCUUUAGCAUUCCAAAGGGGGAGAUAAGAUACUCGGAGAUCUUUCAUUACAUGGAGAAGCGCAAGCGCAGGAUGCAAAUUUUAUAUUAUUCCAUAAGCCAUACCACCCUGGGGGAUGUGUUUCUGGACUUCAUCAACAAGCACCACGUGGAUAGAAGAUUAUAAUGAUUCAUACUUUGUAUAUACUAUAUGGGGAGAGUGCGUCAAGCGAAACCCCUUAUCGAACCACCACAAACUAUUUAAUGGCUGGGCGAAUUAAUGUGAAAGCUUCUGUUAUAUUUUGCUAAC